CUGUCAGUCUGUGCGAAAUUUGUUUCGUUUAUGUACGUACUACUUUCUUAAACGUAUUGAUAAAUAAGAUUUUGUGCCAAAAGUAUAGCCUUAAUCUGUGUUCGACCCCGAAAAAUAUAUUAGCAUUCAAUUCACGAAUGUGCAAGUUAUACAAUGUGUAAUAAACUAAAAGUAAUAAACUAAUAAUUAGUGUCUUGUGAUGGAAUAGUGUGCCCCAAAAACUCGACCUUGUGACUUAUCAAAAACCUAUUGGAAUGGAAUUUGAUGUUUGAAGAAUAAUGAACCAGUUACUCUUGAAUUUUCGUUCACCAUGAACUAUAAUUGAGAUUUAUCCAAAAUAUGGCGUCGUUCGCGGCGCAAGCAGCUCUGCGGUCACGUUGGAGUUCACUUAUAGAGUCUACCAGCGUUGAUGUACCUGGAGAGGUCACAGAUGGAGUCCGUUCGGUUGUUGGAUGGCUUAAACAGGCAUCUUUGGAGGUGCGUCAAGUGGGCAGACGGGCAGUGAAUCAGCUCUCUGGCCGAGGGAUGGGGGAUGACGUGGUCAUCAUACACUUCAACGAUGUCUACAAUAUCGAGCAGGUUACUAAUACAGAGCCAGUGGGAGGUGCCCUGAGGUUCAGUACGGCUGUAAAGUCAUUGCAGCAUCUCAAUCCUUUAGUCUUGUUCAGCGGGGACGUCUUUUCGCCUAGCAUGUUGAGCACAUUCACGAAGGGAGAACAGAUGGUGCCCGUGUUGAAUGAAGUUGGUACACAUUGUGCAGUUUUUGGCAACCACGACUUUGAUUUUGGUCUUGACGUAUUAUCCGGCUUAGUGGCUAAAUGCAAUUUUCCGUGGUUGAUGUCAAAUGUCAUUGACAACGAGACGGGAAGGCCGCUGGGUGACGGCAAAAUAACACACGCACUCAUAUGUAAUGGACAUAAGAUUGGACUUAUCGGAUUGGUCGAACAGGAAUGGCUGGAGACGUUAGCAACUAUAAAUCCAGAAGAGGUGACCUUUAUUGACUUCUUACAAGCAGGUUCCAAGCUGGCUUCACAGCUCAAGGAAGAGGGCUGUGAAUACGUAAUAGCACUAACGCAUAUGAGAUUCCCAAAUGAUAUAAAACUUGCAGAAGGCGACAAUAAAAUAGAUCUCAUAUUGGGAGGACACGAUCAUGUCUACGAAGUUCUAGAGAUAAACAACAAAUACAUAGUGAAGAGCGGCACAGACUUCCGUCAGUUUAGUAAGAUUAAUAUAAACUUUGCCGAAGACUGCGCACGCGUUGAUAUUUCAGAAGUUGGUGUCACCAGUUCCUUUGAAGAGGACCCGGUUUUGAAGUCCAAGGUUGAGCAAUAUUCAGCGAUGAUUGACGGCAAAAUGGAUGAAGUACUGGGCAAGUUCUAUGUGCCUUUGGAAGGUCGGUUCUCAUGCAUUCGUCGUCAGGAGUGCAAUCUUGGCAACUGGGUGUGUGAUGUAUUACUGGCAGCGACGGGAGCUGACCUGCUCUUACUCAAUUCUGGGACUUUCCGAUCUGACCAGGUCCACCCAGCAGGUGAUUUUACUCUCCGAGACCUGUCUACUAUAAUUCCCAUGCGAGAGCCUCUGGUAGUUGUGGAAGCCACUGGUGAAACGGUUCUGAAAGUGCUGGAAAACUCUGUCAGCAAGUAUCCUAGUCUGGAAGGACGGUUCCCUCAGGUUGCGGGAGUUUCAUUUGCCUUCAAUCCAUCGAAGCCUGCAGGUGAGAGGGUCGCGGAAGAAGUGGUCAAAAUCGGCGAUGAAUACCUACAAAGGGAUCAGAAGUAUAGACUUGCGAUUAAACAGUAUUUACAUUCGGGUAACGACGGGUUUACAAUGCUACCUCAGUGUCCGGUAUUGGUGUCAGAUGACAUGUGCCCAGAAAUAGGUAUGGCGAUACAAAACCACUUUGCUGCGAUCAACGUACGAACGGGACGUUCUCGCCCGUCUAAGCAUCGACAAUCGCUCGUUACGCUGAGCCGUCGACACAGUCUUGUGAAGAUGUUGGACAACAGUGAGCUGGAUGGUCCACCUCCGUUGAGGAGAGCGUCAUCAGCCGCUGAGUCACCACACACGCACCAUAGAUUAACGCGUCGCGCGUCGCUGGAUGAUUUGGAGCAAAACGCUUGUGAACUUGCCCCAAAAGUCGAGAAUAGGAUAAUUGUACUAGACAAGCCAGAUAAAUUACAAGAACUAUUGGCUGAGCGGGCGAGAUGGGAGUCGGACUCGGUGAUCAAAGAGGUUGAUGAUGAAAGCUCACCUUAAACAAUGUAAGGUUCACAUUACGCAAUGUCUUUGAUGCUCAUUUUUCCUUUGUCAUGGAACAAUUCCGAAACCACUAACAAUUUAAACCUUAUUUAUAUGGUAAUAUAGUGACAAAUCGUUUGGCCACUGUCAAUAGUAAUUUUUAAGUUUUUUCUCACUAAAGGUUACUAGUGCAGAUAUAACGAAAAACUGUUAAAUGUGACAAGUUACAGGAAUCCAAUAGAAAUUUUAGGCACAAUUUACACUUGGGCACCAAAUAUGUUACCAUGGUUACACAUUGAAAUCGUUUCCAUGGUAACGCUUUCAAAGUCAAAAUCUCGUUUAUUCAUAUAGGUAACACAAUGUACACUUAUGAACGUCAAUAAAAAAGAAAAAUACAUUAAAUGCUUCUAAUUUUACAUUUACUGCCAAUUCUCAAAUCAAGGGCGUAGAACGGAAGAGAAGAACUAUCUCUCUAAUUAUCUGAAAUCUGGUUUCAUAGAUAACUAACAACGUAAAGAUAUUUAUUUAAAGCAACAUUUGUUCACUUAUUUUGGAAUCAUCAAAUUUGUUAGUUACAAUUGACUUCGAAUGAAGCUUCUGUUGAUUUGGAACUCCAUGAAACCCCUUAAAAGGCAAAAAAUAUGGGUUAUUUAUGUAAAAUAAAUGAAAUGAGUAAAGGAUGUUUAAAAAAUAAAAACAAUUUAACGAGUAUAAAAAACCAAACUUAAUAAACGGUACUGAACCAUUUUAUAUUAUAAAUUGUUAUUCUAUUACCAUAUAAAUUGUACACCUUAUGUGAAGAUGUUUUCCAAAGCGUUACAAAGUUACGAAAAAUCCAAAAUUUAUGAGUUUUGGAAACAUUUUAUAUAUCAAGAACGUCAAAUACACAGCUCUAUCUUUUCCAUAUAAAUAAUAAUCCAAACAUUAAGACUAAGACAUUGUGGAAUGCAGAUAAUACUUAGGUGUGAUUAUUGUUUUAGGUUGUGUAAAUACAACGAUAUUAUUUUAGCGACAAUUGAACGGUCUAAGAAAAAUAUUAAUCUAAAGUUUAAAAAAAAAAAGUUACAUUCAUUAUUUAACGUCGAAAGAAAUUGAACCCAUUAUACGUAAAAGACAAAGAAGUAUCUUAUAAGAAUCUCAAUGGUUUUAGAAAAGGCUUUACGAUUUUUAAUUGCGUAAAUUGUAUUUAGUGAUAACACUAAAAUCUAAUUAUAUAUGUAUAGUACGUUUCGAAAAUAUUUUUAUUAAUAUGUAAAAGCGUUACUAAACAAAAUAUCAGUCGUAAUACUAGUCAUUUUUAUACAAAGCAUAUGACAGCGGUUCAAUAUUCAUAUAGAUACCGGCAGACAUCUUGAACAAAUGUCCUUGCCUGCGCAGAAGCAAUUUUUAGGUAUGGGGGAGGGGGUUCAGAGUGACGUGUCGAUCGUGUACGAUGCGUAAACUUGGUGUAAGUUUGUUUGUUUACUCCCCUGUUUAAUGUUCAAGAUGUUUGCCGGUACCUACACUAACAGUUCAGCUAUUUAUCUUUUAAGUAUUUACGUUGCUUCCAUGAAAAUAUUAUUGCAAUAUAUACUAACGCAACGCAACCAAACCGACGUGUGCGUGUAAAUUCCUAUAUACUAAGGGAUUUUUCUUUCUAUGUGUUUAAUAAUUAACAUGGGAGUAUUAAUAGCGUUAUUAAUAAUGAGGAAGCCGGCACGAAAAGCUGUAGAUGAUCAGCUUUUAAGAAAAAAUAUUCGAAAAUUUUAUAUAUUACAAUCUGUGCAUACGUAUCACUACGAUGACGUCACAUCCUGAAACGUGACCUUAGCCACUGGGGUUUCCGGGCGAGUAAGUGGUUAGGUCGGUCGAGGAUCCACUCUUUAGAUUCGAGAAACAUUUUUGUAUGGAAAGCUUAAACGCUAUAUUUGGAACUAAACACAAACAUGCUCUGUCGAAUACUACACAUAUGAAUACUAUACAAAUUCUAUGGAAAUUCGAUAGUUUCGAGGUGUCAAAGCAAAACUAUUGUAUUUACAUCUACGUGAAACAACUAUACUGGUAUUUUGAUGGAUGAUGAUAAAAACACUUCGCCGGUAUUGUAACUUCGUAUAAAUUAGGUACCGGUUCUAGCUAUAAAUUGUCGAUCUUGUAGAGGUAGCAACUAGAUUCACUCGGCUCCGCCCACAACUAUCAAACCAUACACUGAACAGUGCCUUUAUUUGUUUAAAAGAUCUGUUAUCUAUAUUUUCUAGCUUUUUAUUACAAAUUUUAAAAUAGGUUAUUAAUUUUCGCUCAUAUUAAGAACAAAGUAAGAAGUCACCAGUAAAAAACGAAUACUAUAAUGAACAAUUUUAUUUCAAUUUUAAAAUAUAUUUGGUUAGUUGCAGUUAUCUAUAUAUAGAUGAAUUUUGUCCGGUUUUAAACACAACCUGAAAAUGCAUAUCUGAGUUUUCAAGUGAUUGUAAUCUUUGUUCUUUAAUCUGAGCGAGUAGCGUAGUUAUAACUAUACGGCACUACCGCAAUUGAUAGAUUUAAUUGUAAUAAAUAGAAUUUCAAUCGCUAGAAACAAUUUAAUUUACGAUAAUUUUACUCUGUACCUCAUUAUGAUGAAAGUUUUAUAAUAUUAUUGCUAGUAUGGAAGCCUUUUUGCGUUGGUAAGGUAUAUUAUAUUUAGUGUAUUUAAACUAAUUUCUGAAUCUGAAUACAGAUAAUUUAACGAAUACUGCCACAAAUAUAUCAUUUUAAAAUAUAUUAAAAAUGUAUUAUUAUAUUUGGACGUAUUAAUUAUUUAAAAUAAUUUAAAUUUAAUUUUAAUAUGUGAGGAUGAGUCAACCGUAGCACUCGAAACAAUUCAAAAUAGAUAUUUGUAGAAGACAUUUAAAUCAGUUAAUUUAUCUUCUUUACUGCGUGCCUGAUGCUUACUGCAAUAGUCCUUUAAUCAAAUACAGAUUAUAAAUAUUUAGUCAGUAUUAAGUUACUAUAGAUAAAAUUAUAGCGACAUAAAAGGUCAUAUUUGGUGUUAAACCGAUACUUGUAAAAGCUGAUGGCGUCGUUAUUAAGUACCUAAUACUUAUAUUGAAUGUGUGAUUAGUAUACUCAUGUAUGAAAUAAAUCUAAAUUUUAUAUUAAAAUUAUAAUAAAAAGACAUAACGUACAUAUAAUUUUCUUCAUUAACAAAACUGUUUGUUAAAAACACUUCUGUAGUAACGCCAUUUGUAGUUCACGCUGAAUUUUAACUAAAGUAUUGUCAUAAUUUCCUUGCAUGUUUAUUAAAAAGAACAUUUUAAUAAAUAUGCAAAUUGACAGCAUUGAAACCAUCAUUCAAAGUUGGCACUGUAAAUUGUUCUAGUCUCUUUCUGUUUGUCAUUCUCCUCUUGAACUCCUUUUACAAUAUCUUCUUCCGUAGCUGGUGCACAAAUUGCAAUAGAGUAAUAACUCUUUUGUGAGUUAAUUGAGCCAAACAUCGUCUUCUUCAACAUCAGUGAGAGCAUCUAAGGAGAUUGUCAAGAGGUGUUUGAGACCUGCAUGUCUAAAGCAGUUCGCAAUAGAUUUUGGUGAAACAUUUCUGCCAUCAACACUGGCAGCUGUACCACUGAGUUUCCCGCUGCCUAUACCGUAUCUAGGAACGAUAAAUCAAACUCUUCGAUAAAUCAAACGAAAUCUUCACCAAAACACUGAGCAAAAUUAUUUGCUUUUUGUUUAGGAAUUUGUCCAUUUAUUGCCACAUUAUUUGUCCUUUAAUAUUUAGACCACUUUAGCAAAGCCUCCUCAAUCUUCGUUGUUUGGGAACGACGGGAUUUGGGCGUCGAUUAUACUCCAUACACGUAGGUACUUUGUUUCUGAGAAAUACAAUAUACCUUAAACCCGAGUCGUUUUUGUUUAAUUUUGCGAUCUUAAUGACUAGUGUCCUAGAUGUGGAAAGGAGAGGGACUGCCCUCACCUAUUCAAAUGUUUACAAUACGGCUGGACUUUCUAACACAUAUAAUUCUCCGAAAAUAUUAGUUAAAUGUAGUCGCUUAAAGAGAUGUUGGAAUAAGCGAUGUCAUAAAAAGCGGUGUUUUUUAUAACGCGGUCAUUAGACCGACCGGUCUUUCUAUUAAGAAUUCAGCCGGGAUAUUUGAUUUUGGUCAAUAUAACCGGUAUGUUGUUGUUGUUUAAAGUGAUAAGCCCCACAAAAGACGCAAGUGCACCAUAACAUUUAUAUAGACAAAUAUUAUAUGCAUGUAAUUACUACCUUUGUUUAUUUACCUUAACAAAAUAGAGAGUAUUAAAGUAUUAAAAUCAUUAUAUACAUAAAAAAACUUAACCCAGUAUACUAAUACUUAACCACAUAUAAAACAAUUAAAGCCUCAAAGUUCUACUAGGAGAAAGAGACAAAUAUACCUAGUUUCGUCUCUCACUAACAUACUAUUGGUUUUAAUUUGUAACAUUGUUACCAGAUUAUUUUAUGUAAUAUAAAAUGAUCUUUAAACACUACACUUAACCAAGUAAUAUACUUACAGUAGUAUUUUAUGUUAUUUUGAUGUGUCCGGCAAAUAAUUUAGCCAGUUUAUCUAUACUGUCCAGACAGGCCAAAAUUGUUUACCUACUAGAAGUAUAUCCACACUGGCCCAGUUAUGUCAUGAGACAGUAGUUAAUCACUUAUUAUUAAAAAGAUUGCACUUUUAUACAACCAAAGAUCAAUAUUAAUCACAGCUGGAAACUAGAAUUAUUAUUGUACAUUAUUUACUUCCAUUAAUUUAGUAUUUGUGAUAAUUUAACAAUGUUGUGAUAUUUCA